CCCUUAUAAAUAAUAAUUGUAAUUCGCACAUCACUAAAAAUUAUAAACAGAACAUAAGCAUUAUCAACCCAUAAAUGGAUUACAUUCGUUCAAUUUUUGAGUGUUUGGCUUCGCUUUGCAGUUGUUGGCACUGUUCAGAGGACUUGGGGAGUCAGGGAAUUGAACCAAGCGAAAGAACUCAUCUUCUGGCAGAUUCAGUUAAUCAAAGUCCAGCAUUACGAAGAAGUAACUCAGCUGAUUUAAGCAAUGAUUAUUCCCAGUCGCUGCCAAAAAAGGACGACCAAAAUGCACUGUCCAGAUUAGUACAAAACACAGCAAUAAACAUGAUAAACGUCGGUGCUAUGGAUUCUCACACUUUGGAGCAUCAGGAGUAUACGGACAGAAUAAAAUUAUAUUCACAACGCCUUCAGCAGCAGUGGAACAACGUUCAACAUCCCUGUGUCGUACUGAAAGGUCUUUUGAAAGAUGUACCAAAUCACCAGUCUUGUGUAUCGAAAGCUAUUCACUCCGAUGAUACUGCUCAGAUGAAAAUGUUCAUUCAGAAAUCGCAUUCCGGAGCCUUGGGUAUACAAAUUGAUCACAGAGAAGCUGUUGUUGUUCCUUUUCAUAUCCCUUAGUAAGACAUAACAGAAUGUAAUGUUUAAUAUAUAUAUAUAUAUGUAUACACAUAAUACAAAAUUAAAUUUGAUUGUGAUGAAGUUAUUGGUAUAUGCAUUAAAGCUGUAAUAUAUUUUGUAAGAAUUUGCUAAAGAACCGAAUAUGUGUAACCUUAUAUUAAAAAAUACAAACAAAUUUGA